AUGACACAGGAAGAAACUGAAAGUGAACAACUUUUCUGGGAAACCACCAGAAUCUCCACCGUUAAUAUUUCUCCUUCCCAGACCAACACAGACAGACAAAUGGCCUCCAGCAACAGUCUUUUAUCUGAGGAUCAGUUUCUUUGUCCCAUCUGUCUGGAUGUGUUCACUCGCCCAGUUUCCACUCCAUGUGGACACAACUUCUGCAUGUCCUGUAUCUCAUCUUACUGGGACGACACGCCGGUCAGCCAGUGUCCAGUCUGUAAGGAGACAUUUGAGAGGAGACCAGACCUCAAGGUCAACACUUUCAUCUCAGGGCUUGCAUCGCAGUUCAUGUCGCUUCAAGUGACAGACUCUCACAUCUGGAGCCCGGACCAACAGCAGGCUCGCUGUGGUGGAGCGGUGCUGUGUGAUAUUUGCACUGACACCCAGCAAGAGGCUGUCAAAUCCUGUCUGGAGUGUCUGACUUCUUACUGCGACGUCCAUCUAGAGCCUCAUCACAGAGCUGCCGGCCUAAAGAGACACACACUGGUUGACCCCUUGGCGAGCCUGCAGGACAGGAUCUGCAAGGAGCACGCCAGAUGCCUGACGCUGUUCUGUAUAGACGAUGGGGCUUUGCUGUGUGACGUCUGCGCCGGUUUGCGCCACAUCAACCAUGGCGUCACUUCUCUGCGGCAAGCUUAUGAGGAGAAGAAAGCUUUGCUGGGGGACACUGAGGCCAAAGUGCAGCAGAUGAUCCAGGAGAGGCUGCAGAAGGUCCGAGUCAUGAAGGAGUCAGUAGAACAAAGCAAGACAGAAUCCAAGGAGGACUUGAUGAGACUGGUGUCUGGCAUCCAGAAGUGCCAGACGGAGCUUGUGAAGGUGAUGGAGGAGAAGCAGAAAGCAGCAGAAGAACAGGCAGAUGGGUUUAUUAGCAGUAUGGAGCGAGAGAUAACCGAGCUGCAGAGGACAACAAUGAAGCUGAGGGAGCUGAAACAGACUGAAGACCAGCUUUGUUUCCUCCAGAGUUUCCCAAACCAAUCCAUCCUACCACACACAAUGGACUUGUCCACAUUAAGUUUAAACAGACAAGCGGAGAUACUCUACGUACAGAAAUCUUUGAACAAAUCAGUGUCUCAGCUGCGAAUGUUACUGGAUAAAAUGAACACAGUAAUACAAAAACUCUCUGACGGCACAGACGUGUCAAACGAUGCUACGCUGGAAUACGUGCAGCAGUAUGAGGUGAACAUUGUGCUCGAUCAUGAUACCGCUCACCCUUUGCUCAUUUUAUCUGACGAUGGGAAACAGGUGAGAUACAGCAUGGAUUCAGCUUUGUGGGUAAACCCGAUCCUAAGCCAGAACACGUUUACUGUAGAUCUUGCAGUUCUGGGACAGAGAGGCUUUGGACAUAGCUUUUACUUCGAGGUGUUUGUGGGCAGAAAGACAGAGUGGUGUCUGGGCGUGGCCAAGGCGUCAAUCCAAAGGAGGGAGGCGGUUGUUCGGAGCCCUCAUCGUGGACUCUGGGCCAUCUGGUUCCUAAAGAAUAAGUUCGAAGCCUUCAGUUCUCCAAAUGUGCGGGUAUACUCUGGGAAAGUGGAGCGGGUCGGCGUGUUUGUGGAUUACAACGGAGGGCAAAUUUCUUUCUAUAACGUACAGACAGCAACACUCAUUCACUCGUUCACUGGGUGUGUCUUUACUGAAAUACUGCAUCCGUACUUUAAUCCUUGUGACAAUGAAUAUGGUUCAAACUUGGGGCCGAUGAUAAUUGUUCCUGUCAAUCGUACGGAGUGAGCUGUGGGUUAUUUACUAAAAUGCAAGUGAUGUGUUUGAUUGCAUAUAAAACUCUUCAUAUUCAAGAGCAGUUUUUUUUUCUUUGCAAAGCUCCUCUUAAAGUUCCUUUCCUGAUUUCUGUGUCUGCUGUAUCUCAGUGUGCCUUAAAUUGAAACUGCCAUGUCAUAUAGGAAAAAAAUAUAUUUGUAUACAUCAUAACCUUGAUUAAUUAUUUAGUUCAAGACAAUGUAAAGUGGAGGGAAUUAACAGAAGAGCUUAGAGAAACUGGUGGAGGGGAAAGUAGAGUGUGCAGAUUACAACUAUGUGAGUUUAUGUGGUGUUGUUUAGGUCUGGUGUGGUUGCAGAAAAUACUUAGUAAUUGUUAUUUUAAAGAGAAAAAUAUGAUUUUAUCUACAGACACAAUGUUGUUUAACAAAUCAAUCUCCAGAGCUCUUCAGUGGAUGAUUAAUAUUUAAUAAAUAAACUAAAAAGAA